UGUGACGUUUGUGUGUGCCCGCAAAUCUGCUCCCUGUCUACUCCGUUCUACGUUUUGUGGUAAAAACCCGAAUUUGUCAAUCGGUCGUGGUGAACAUCAAAUAUCGGCUGUAGACUGGUUUGCAUCCAACUAUCGAUUCCUUCUUCCCAUUUGGUUGGUGCUGCGUAAUCGUUGUUUUGCGACGUUACACACAGGCCUGAGGAACGCGUCAAACGCGGUCAUGAUGAAAAGUAAAGAAGUAGUAGCUGAUGAUUCUGAAAAUGAGUUUGAAGUGGAUGAACCUGAAGAGGUAGAUGAUCAUUCAGAUGACGAAUGGGCUCCUAGUGCUGCUACCAAAACUCCCGGUAAAAGAGGACGACCUGCUAGAAAUACUCCUGGUAAAAAGAAGAAGCAAAAGACUACAGAUGAAGACGAUGAUGACGAGGAAGAAAAAGAACGAGGAUCAAAACCUAGAACACCUACCCCAGCAAAACCACGUGGAAGAGUAGCAAAAGGCAAAGCUAAGAAAGAAGAACCUGAAGUAGAACCAGAAGAGGAAGAAGAAUUUGAUGAAGAAGAUGAAAUUGAGGAUGAAGAAGAAGAUGAAGAAGAUGAUGAAGAUGUCGAAGAAGAAGAAGAAGAGCUUAAUCAGGGACCAAAUGCAAAACCUGCAAAAAAAUUUACGUCUGGUGCCUUUGUUGUCCUUAAAACUGAUAUGCUUGGUAAAGGCAAUCCUCCUGUAUGGAAAAUUGAUGGAAAGGCAUUACUGCAAAAAUAUGUUCCAUUCAAACAGGAUGGUAAAGUAUUAUACAAAAAUACUUCAGUUUAUUCUGGUUGGGGUUCUAAUGUCAAAGAGCAAUAUUACUCUGCACCAGUAUCAUUUAUACAGCAGACACGUAAAGAACACAUAAUCGAGUUUUACAAAGAUAAAAUCAAGAAGGAUCCUAAAAUUGAAGAAGCUGCAAAGAAAGAAUUGGAAGAAGAUGAAGAAGCUGAUUUAGAAGGUGGAGGUGAUGAUGAAAAAGUCGAUCAAGAUGAAGCAUAAUUGUUACAUGUAACUGAAUGAGUAAUUCACUCCUCAAAUAUUUUGUGUUCUAAUAUUUUCAGUACCAUUAGUAACAGCUUUUUUCAUUUUAUAUUGACAGUGACAAUUUGUAUUAUAUUGUUUGUUUUUCACAUAAUUAGCACAAUAAAUAUUUGUGAACUUUUAUAAAAUCAUUAUUUUGAUGCUAAAUUUGAAUUGAUAUUUACUGUAUAACCUUUUUUAUUCCUUUAUAUUUAGAUAAGUG